AGAUGAAACAAAUAUGUCAAAUUAUGCCAGAUGAUCGAUGGUUCGAUAAACUUCUGCGACGUGGUUUCGUUUCUUGAAUUGUCUUGAAUCAGCUGAAAUCAAGGUCAAAUGUCACAUAGAAUAAUUUCAUAAAUUUACGAGUUUCUACUCGUUAAUAAAUGCUACGAUUCUUAGUUAAUGCUCUCCUUCAGUUUAAAGUUGCAGAAACAGAUAAGGCCUUUUCACACCAAUAAAUUAUUUGUUUCGCACACGAAAAGGAAAUAUAGCAAAAUGGUGAAAUAUUUGAAUCAAUCGGAGGCUAUUAACAUUGAUAAAGAUUUAUUCGAAAGAUACAAAUUCAGCGUUGAUCAAUUGAUGGAAUUGGCUGGACAAAGUUGUGCUAUUGCAAUCGCAAAAUCGUAUCCGUUGUUGGGAAACUCGAAUAAAGUGCUGGUAUGUUGUGGGCCAGGCAACAACGGUGGUGAUGGCCUUGUCUGUGCCAGACACUUGAAACAUUUUGGAUAUUCACCAGAAAUUUAUUAUCCGAAACGAACAAGUAAUUUAUUAUAUGAAAGACUGUUACAUCAAUGCGUCGAGAAUGAUAUACCUAUACUAAAAAAUCAAUAUAUAGAGAAAGCAACCGAUCCGACAAUUUUGCAGAAGUAUUCAAUUGUAAUAGAUGCUCUGCUUGGAUUCAGUUUCAAACCACCAGUGAGAGAACCAUUUGUAUGCAUCAUUAAUAUGUUAAAAAAUACAACCAUUCCUAUUUGCAGUAUAGAUAUACCCUCAGGCUGGGAUGUUGAGAAUGGCCCACCAGAAGAAGGUGGCAUAAAACCACAAAUGUUAAUAUCUUUAACGGCACCAAAGAUGUGUGCAUCUAAAUUUGAAGGAAGAUUUCAUUAUUUGGGUGGACGAUUCGUACCUGAGAAACUAGAGUUACAAUAUAAUCUUAAUUUACCAAAAUAUAUUGGUACAGAUCUUGUUGUUAAAUUGCAAGAUAAUACAGAAUAAUUCAUGCAUUUAAAUAUCAAACUGUAUAUA